AUGUCCUCGAGGAACACGCAGAGCAUCUUCAUCCCCGUCUCUCCGCGUCUUCUUUCGUUCCAGUUUUCCACCGGCUGGCCCUGUAUCUCGGCAGAUGCCAGGAAAUGGAAGCAGAAGAUCCCAGUGGUUGUGAUUGUGCUCCUGUGUUGUCUUCCCUUCGGAGCCGGUUUGAGCUGCUACACGUGCUUCUCGGCCAUCUCUCCUCUGGACUGCUUUAAGUUUCCACAGGAGUGUCCAGCCGGACAGCGCUGCCUGUCCAGUACUGCUAUGGGCCAACGGGGUGCGCUACACGUGACGAUGGACGAGAAGAGCUGUGCCGUGGCGUCCCAGUGCGGCGUGAGUGGACAGAAGUACGCCGCAAGCCUCUACUGCAACUACAGCAACGUCUGCUGCGACGCGGAGCUCUGCAACGGGGCCCCGCCCUCUGCUGCCCCCUGGUGGAGAGGAGCCGCUAUGAGCCUGCUGCCUGCACUCGGCCUCCUGCUGGCCUGA